UAGCCCUAACCCUUUUAGCUCUUCCUGAAAGGAUCGAAUCAAGGCGACGAUGCCCAAGAGCUUCGCCUUCGCUCUCUACUUCGACGCCGCGCUAGAGAACCAAAUCCUCGAGCUCUGGAACGUCUUAGCCCGGAGGAAGAUAACCUCCCUGCUCAUUGACAGCGGCAGCCGACCUCACAUGCGUCUCAGCCUCACGACCGCCGACGACUUGGAGCUCCCAAAACUCCGGACCACUGUCGAGAGCUUCGCCGCGCAGGAGGGCCCUGUGGCCAUCAGUUUCUCCGCCGCUGGGGGCUUCUUCACGGACAAGACCUCCCUCUUCCUCACCCCGGCCCCCACAAUCCAGCUCCUGGCUUUCCACGACCGCUUCCACGAGCUUCUCCAGGUGAUGGGAGUCGAGAGCUUGGAUGUCUAUCAGCCCGGGAACUGGUUCCCUCACUGCAGUGUCGCCCAAGAGCUUCCCAGGAACCGGCUGGCGGAUGCCUUCGCUGUGUUUCAAGAGUUGAAGCUACCUCUAACGGGCCACAUUUGCGACGUUGGCAUGGUGGAGCUCACUCCCUUCCAGGAGUACUGUGCUUUCUCUUUGGACGGCGAUAUGUGCUAGAGGUUUCUUUCUCUCCGGGAAACUCUUUUUGUCUGUCCGUCCGAGAGCCACAGAGCGGCUGCAAUGUGUCAGUAGUACACAACGAAUCAAUCAAACCGCGACUUCUCUA